AUGGCUUCGAUCGCGGAGAGUACGCUGAACACUCUGGAGUACGAGAAACUUACCAAAUGGCGCGACGACUUGCUACAGCAGCCGCCAAACGAAGCGCAGGCGAGCGGCGCGGCAGAUCACCACCACCCGACCUCCAACUCCAACUCCAAACAGUCCACCGUCCCCGAGCCCGCGAAUGCCUACAACACCCCUCACUCCCCGUCGAAAGCACCGCCACGCCUGUCUUCCUCCAAGUCUGCGCCGGCGAAGGAGAUGGAGGCCAUGAUGGCGGCGCAGACUUCGCCAUCGCAGGAGCCUUUCCGCGAAUGGAUGAAGGCGUCUUCGUUCUCGGAGUUUACGGGCGGCGACACGCAGCCCAUGGACUCCCAGGUGUAUCGCACGUACACUGAGUCGAUGGCGAAUCCGACCACCACGACGCCGAAGAAGGUGCUGCUCAGGCCGCAGAUCUCGCCAGAGGGCAAGACGGUGUAUGAGAUGGAGACGGUGGAUGAGGAACCCAAUACUUAUGUGGAAGGGGAGAGUGGGUAUGUGGAUUUGGUGAAAGGGUGGCAAGAGAGUUCGCCUGGUGCGCAGUCGGAGUCUUCGCAUGCGAGUGAGUUGCUGAGGAGUCCGGAGACGCAGUUGCAGGUUGGUGAGAUGGUGCAGCAGAAUGCGCUGCCGGAGACGCCGAGUCUGGCUGGGAGCAAGCGUAAGAGGGAUAGCCAGGUGCUUACUUCGGUCCCGACGACGAACAAGAAGACGCCGGGUUUCACGCAGCUGUUUGGACGGGAGAAUGGUGGUGGUGGUGUGAUGACUGCGACACAGCUGUUUAACCAGACGCAGGCUCCGUCGUCGCCGGUACCUGAAGGUCCACGAUCCGAUCCUAUCAUGACGCGCCCUUCGCCGAAUCUGCAAAACCAGUACAGCGUCUCGUCUCCGAGCAUCAUGGCUUCUUCGCCAGUUGCGACGCGUAAUUCAAGACUUCCUGCUGUGCCAGGCGAUCCGAGGGACCAUUACAGAAGCGUCAAGGAGUCGCAAGAAGCAAGAGCAGCAGCUCUGCGGCAGGACUACGGCGUGUCUGCACGCUUCAAUGAGCAGUUCUCAGACGAUGACGGGGAUAGUCACGACACCGAGCGUCGGCGUUUUGAGCAGAAGAGGUUACAGAGGGUCAUGAGCGAGACUGCGAUCAAUGAGUGGCAGCGGGUUCGUGCUCGGCCCCGGCCUGGGUCCCGGCCGACUUCUAGUCCGAAGAGGAUGCAGACAAUUGAUCUGGUGACUCCUGGGACGAGCAAGAUGGCUGCCCGGUGGAAUCGUGAUGUCGAGGAAGACUUUGAUGUUGAACGCAACGCUGGUGUUGAGGAAGACGCUGGAACGGAAGGAGAUGCUGGUGUUGAUGAAGAUGAGGCAAUGAUUGACCUUGUACAAGAUGAUGGAGAUAACGACGCGGAUGUGUAUGAUGAGCUCGCGCAGACCGUGCUUAGGAGUCAAGGACCUGCUGAGGACUUGGACGAUGGCGAGGAGCAAGAGCAGAACGAGGGUGGCUCGGACCGGGGCUCGGACAAUGGUGGUGAAGACGAGCCUGAUGGAGAUCAAGAUGACGAAAACUGGGCUGGCGUACACCAGCAGCAAUUUCCACGACUGGAGGACGACGUUGUUCAGAACAGCAGCCAUCAGGCCGGCACCCAGCCCUCUGCCAUAGCCGACUCCCAACCGCUAUGGCAGCCGAGAGCAUCCUCUACGCCACAUCAGCGGGGGGAGGAAGGACCUUCGCUUUCAUCGUUCAUUCCCGGCUCGCAAUACACUGGUAAGACCAGUGUCGACCAAGCCGUCAUGCCCAGAAGGGCACAACGUGAAGCUUCGCAGAACGAGGACAAGGUCCCCAGCAGCCCGCCUCUGCCUCUACCUUUUGCAAGAGAAGAGUCUGGAGCCGGCAGCACGAAGACUUCGCAAGGUCUACCUCGCGCAGCGCCUAGAAUGCGGAAGCAAGCAAGCUAUGUCGCAGACUUGGAGGUGCCAGAGAGCGAUCUCGCCUUGCCUGAUGCUACGCAGCAACGUCCGUCGAGUAGACGCGGUCAUCUGCCGGAUGAGAGCAACAACGGCCAGCUGUUCUCCACCGCACGAUCCCACGCCUCAGCUUCUGGUCGCUCGGCUAAACCGACCGCCUCAGCUCCAUCGCCCGCCAAAGCCUUCGCCAGCCAGCAGAGCAAGUCCACAACCUCACAGACUCCACGCACGAAGGCCGGCGUGCGGCAUUUCGCGGACAUUGCCGAGGCGGCAUCGACACCUAACGGCAGCGGGGAGACCGAAAACGAGGUGGACAUCGAUGCCAUCAUGAGCGAUAUGGUCACGGCGGAGGACCAGCAGGUGUUUGAUGUUAUGGAGAGUCCGGGUAGCGAGAGGCCGAAUAAGCGGCGGAAGACGAUGAAGACGUUUGCUGAGGAGGCGGCGGCGGAGAGUCCGGUGAAGGGUACGAGGGGUAGGGCAAGGAAGGGUGUUGUUGAGGCGGCGGCGGAGAGUCCUGUGAAGAGUACGAGAAGCAGGGCGAAGCGGCAGGCGAGGUUCGACGUUGAAGACUCACCCGUGGGGCAGGCGAAGGAGCAAGAGCCGGAUGCGGAGCCACCCAGCUCACCACCACCUGUUUUGCAGGAUGCUCCAAGCAGGGCUAAUGAGCGCCGACGGCAUGCUACUCCGCCAGCGGAUGCGGUACCGGAGUCAACGCCAGAUAGCGUCAAGCAGCGCGAGGAUGCCGGAGCGAAAGUCGCUUCGCAGCUGUUGUCGAGGCGGUCUUCGAGGGCGCCUAAGCCUUCUGCUCUGCGAAAUCUGAAGAAUGGAAGGGCUACCGGCACAAAGCGGACGAAGGGAGCAAUUCAAGAAGAUGACUCUACGGAAGAGCAGUCUGCCAUCAUAGAAGAGACGGUGCUUGAAGAGGCUUCGGAGGACAAUGGUCAGCAGGCUGCUGUGGAGGAUCAAGAGCAGCCGCAGCAGCAGGCUACCGCAUGGCUUUCGGACCAACCUACCCGCGUACUGGCACUGUUCAAAGGAAAUUACAACAGCUUCUACCCAGCAACAUGGCUCGGGACUUCGCCAGAUGGCCGGAGCUACCGCAUCAAAUUCGAGGAUGGGAACAUCACAUCUCUGGAUCCAAAGCUGGUGCUGAGGUUUGAGCUGCGGGCUGGAGAUAUCAUUAAAGUCGAUCUGCCCAACAUGCGCAACAAGUCGUGGGUCGUCGACCGGAUGGGCCGCGCAGCGCAGACCGGUCUGCAGGGAGCAGAAGGCGUCGACUGCCACGGGUACGCCACUGUCUUCGUCCUCAACAAGGCAUCGCGCGUCAGCGGCAAUAAAGAGACGAUGGCUGAAGGGAGUGAAGAGUCGGUCGAGGUGGCGCUGUCGUUCAUCUACCUCAACAGGACCAUGUUGCCUCACUUCUUCGAUCGCGAGUUCACGCCGCCGAACCGCCUCGCCCAAGACCCCAGCCGACCGGCCACACCGUCCAACGGCAUGCAGACGCCCGACUCCGGCACGCCUACAUCCCGGUCUCGCCGCACCACGAUUCUGACUACGAAGGCUCAAGCCAGCAGGUUGUCGAAUCUGCGCGAUGAGUCGGUGAUGUCAGCGAGCCCAUCCGAAGGCCAGCGACUCUUCACCAAUAUGGCUUUCGCCAUCUCGUACGGCUCGAACGAAGUCGAGAGGGCUGAAGUUACUCGCUCGAUCGUACGCAACGGAGGCAUCAUUCUGGAGCAAGGCUUUGAUGAGCUUUUCGAGCUUCCGAAGCUCGACGAUCAAGUCGACACAAGUCCGAAUAAGAAGUCAGCUCGUAAUGCCGUUGAAGACGACAACGAGACCACAAGUCUGACGUUAAAGCCUCAGUACGAGCGCCUCGGCUUCGUAGCCCUCAUCGCCGACAAACACAGUCGGAGAGCAAAGUACGUGCAAGCGCUUGCCCUGGGCUUGCCAACUCUAUCUGGCAGAUGGGUCGCCGACUCUCUUGACUGCGCGAAGAACACGGCCCUCACCGCGGCCGAAGCCGCUCCGCUGUCCUGGUCAAAGUACCUCCUCCCAGCAGGCGAGAGCGCCUAUCUCGGCAAUGCUGUCCGGUCACGCACGAUGGCCGCUUACCCUGCUUCCGAAGCCAAGCUCGCGACUACGAUACAGAACCGCGACAUCCUGCUCACCGGCGACGGUGUGCUGAUCGUGGCGUCCAAGAAGAGCAAAGCUGUCUGGGAGCGCCGGAAGGCUUACGCUUUUCUCACGCUGGCGCUCGGUGCGGGUGGCGUGAAGCGGGUUUCUGACUUGGCGGAGGCGAAGGCUUUUGCUGAUGGUGAGGAGUCGACGUGGAAGUGGGUGUACGUUGAUGGGUCUGUGGCGGAUGCGAGCAAGGCUAUGUUUGAGAUGGGCAGUGAGGGCGGGAAGAAGAGGAAGAGGGAUACCGAAGGUGCUGCUGCGGCUGCGGCUGCGGCUGCAAAGGUCGAUGCGAAGGCCAUGUUCGCCAGGGACGGGAGGGUGACGAUCGUGAACGACGAGUUUGUGGUGCAGAGCUUGAUUCUAGGUGCUCUGGUCGACUGA